CUUUAUUCUUUUUCUUUUUUGUAUAUCUUCUAAUUCUAUUUAAUUAGCAAUAAAACUCUUUUUCCAAUGGUGUGUCUUGGACCUAGGAAAAAAGAGAAAAAGUCAAGUCUUCUUAGUCCUGAUGAUGCUAUUACAAGUCGAGGUAUCAAUCAAUCUAGUGGCGCAACGAAACGUGGAAGCAAACUUAAACCCCCUAGCAAAGUUGAUCAUACAACAGCAACAACAAAACGGUCUGUUUCUCCUCGUACUUCUGUAGAUGGUCGUUUAUCUCAACAACGAAACUCUCGUACUUCAUUAAAUAGUCAACGUGCUGUUAGUCCUACUCCUGGUCGUCGUCCUCAAUCUCCACAACAUUCUCCUCGUCAAAGUAUGACCUCUGCACGUAAUACUACACCAAAUUCAAGACCAACACACUCUCGUAAUACUAGUGCUGUUUCUACUGCUUCUGUCAAAAAAUCACCUGUGGCUCAAAUGAGACAAGAUUUCGAUACACUCAAAGUGAAGAAUGAUGCCAAUGAACAACUUAUUGCGCAACAACAAGCCGAACUUGCCUUACUCAAACAACAAUUGGCCCAAGCUUCACCACCUUCUACUCCCAUGUUACCACCUCCAGCAGAUCAACCUACACCUCCUAUCUCUCAUUCUAACACCUUAUCGGAUUUACAACAAGCUCAAGCCUUAUUGGAUAAGGAAGAAGCGCUGAAACAAAAGGAGCAAGCUCUAGCUGAAUUGCAGGAAAAAUUGGAACAAGCAAGCAAGAAUGUACCUAAUAUCGUGGUGGAACCUAGUACUGAUGAACUUGAAGCUGCUGAAGAAAAAGAAUCAAAACGAUUGGCUGAUUUGGCUGAAAAAGAAAAACAACUGGCUGAAAAGGAACUAGCUCUGGAAACUCAAAGACAACAAGUGGAACAAGAACAACAGUCAGCUUUGGAACAAGUAGCCAUGCAGAUGGAAAAGCUUAGAAUCCAAAAUGAAGAAGCUGUAGCUCAGUUGGCCAUAAAAGAAAAGGAAUUGGAUAAUUUACGUUUGCAAGCUAAUAAUGCCUCACACACGGAAGAACAAUCUGAUGCAUUAAUCAAAUUACAACAACAGCUCGAUGAACAAAAACGAACUCACGAAGAAAGUUUACAACAGCACGAACUUGCAUUAGUUGAAAAGGAACGAUUAUUGAAGGAACAAGAACAACAAAUGAUGACCUUACGUGAAUCACAUGAAGAAAGUGUACGUCAACUCAAGACUCAUCAAUCUGGCAAUAUUUUAAAGAUCAAACAACAACACAAGCAAGAAAUUGCUAACUUACAACAACAAAUGCAACAAGUGGAAAAAACCAAACAAGAACAAAUGCAACAACAAGGAGAUCAAGCCAAACAACAACAGGAAUACUUGGAUGCCGAAUUGGAAAAGAUUUUACAUGCUUUUGAACAAGCACAACAUAAUCAUACUGCUCAACUACAAGAUUUAGAACAAUCUCAUAAGACAGCAUUAUCUGAUCUACAACAAACUCAUGUGGAUCAACUCAAAACAAUUGGUGCUUCUCAAGGUUACACAUCAGCUCGCUAUGUACCAACUCAAGCUAUUUCUUGGCCUGCUCCUCAACCUUUGUCAUCCUUACGAAAAACAAAUGGUCCAUCUCCUCGUGUUAACCGUGUCAUUCUCGCUGCAAGUCAAUCUUCAACAACUGAGCCAAUUUUGACUCCUUUGGAUACCAAGAAAGUUCAACUUUAUAUCUCAACUGUCAGUGGUAAUCCAGUGAUCAAGAAAAAUCAAGAACAUAUUCAACAAUUACUUGAAUCAAAUCAAGUCAAAUUUGAAUUGAUCGAUGUAGCAGCAAGUGAAGCCGCAUUACAGUAUAUGAAACGUAGUAACAACAAUGGAUCAAGUGAAGGACGAGCCAAAGAAGUACCUCAAUUGUUUGUGGGUGGUGAAUUCCGUGGAUUAUAUGAUGAUGUGGCCAAACAUGUGGAAAAAGGUACUUUGGACGAAUUAUUAGUACCAGCCGCUGAAAGACAAUGGACAGAAGCCGAAAGACAAGCUCUCGAGAAAGCAACAUCACCAUCAUCAUCCUCUUCAUUGAUAUCAACACCACCACCCAUUCGAGUAUUACCUAGUGGACCUGUCCAAUUACCUGCCUUACGUAAGACAGCAACAACAACAUCAUCAACCAAGUCUUUAUUGAAAGAUGAAGAUGAAGAAUUGCUCAAGGAAUUAGAACAAGAAUUCAAACAAGGAAACGUGGAUUUGUCACAAUUAGAUAAUAUGUAGUUCCUUCGUUUAUGUUUUUUCUGUUGAUGAUACCUUUCUAUUGUUUAUUCUUACUAACCUUAUUAUUAUUCUUAUUAUUAUUUGUUAUAUCAUACCUAGUCUUUUAUCAAUUUUAAUAAACGGUCCUUUUUUUAUUAUUACUAUUUGUAUUUUAUUUUAUUUUUUAUUUUUAUUUGUAUUUGUAGGUAUAAAUCAGAGGAUAAUGUGAUAAAA